UCGGCACCAAUAAACACCGGCUCGCGGCCGCAUGUGCGCCUAGCCGGCUCGUCACGCAAUUAACAAUCCUGUAUAGGGACCCGCUCGUUUACAUAUGCGAUCGCGUAAGAGUGUAGAGGUGCGCGACGCCGAGGACGACCCGGGACCGUUAUGAGUCUUUUCGAGACCAGUCUUGUCCCAACGGCCGCCUGCGAACCUCGACAUAGUCCGUGAAAAUCGUGGAUUUCUAGGCGGUCGUCUGAAACCUUCGGAAAUAUAUUUUCUCGCAAAACAAUUUAAAAAUAUUUCAGAUUCAAAUUGUUUAAUUUGAGUGGUUUCAGAAUUGUUCACGAAUAUCAUUUUUUAUCUCGAUUUGAGAUUUUUCAAGGUCAGUGUGAUACAUCUUACAUCGAUUUUGAUAGUUUUAGGCAUUAAAAUUUUUUAGUGAUUCUCGUUACUGAAUUGUGAUAAGCUUAUUAUGCUAAAGAGUAUAACAAAUUCGUGAACUUUUACAAGGUGCAUUUUGAAGACGUGGAAAUUAUUUUGGACUGAUAAAGGAAAUAACUCGUCAUGAAGAUAUUAUGUAGUUUGAUGGUGAUAAUGAUUCUUCGGCAGGCUAUCGCCGGAAUCGUUAGGAAACCGCCGGCCUUUUCAACACCAGUAUAUUCGAAUUCGUAUCUCCCCGCUGCCAUGCAGGUAAUUUUCCACGCGGUCGAGCAAUUGAAGCUGCUCCAAGCGGAAGAAUUAUUGCAGUUAGAGACAGUAACUGCCUCGCCGACAUCGACGACCCAGUCGAUGAAAGAUCAGCAACCGCAAUCGACGACACCUCAGGGAAUUUCCAUAAUUCCAACUGCUACGACCGCGAAAGUCCAUGACCAGAAGACAGAUAUUCCCAUGGUAUUAACUUCGACUCAGGCGAAUAAGGUAUCGAGUCAAGGAUCAUCUAAGAUUUACGACGAUUCGACAGAAAUCGCUCAACUCUUCGUAACUUCGACAGCGAGCGUUGUAUCCGAUAAUUACCAUAAAGAGACACCUGAAGUGAACGAAGAGACGACUGAAACGAAUUACGAAUUACCGGCCACUCCGGAAACGAAUCACGAAUUACCGGAGCCCAUACAGGAGACCCAAGAACCGAAUCAAGAAGUCUCGGAGGAGAGCGCCGAAAAAUCAUCAAAUACUGAACGCUCCUCCGGCGAAGUAUCGACAACACAAACUCCGCGACACGACGUUGUAUCGCAACAACAAUCGACACAGGCUUCUGUCACGCAAGUGUCGGAUGAUCAGAAAAAGACGGAACCGUCCGUCGACAGCGUCGUGGAUAAAAUUCACGGAAUCGUGAGGACAACCACAUCCUUAUUUAGCGAGGAAUCUGACGGUAGCGACGAGUCGAAAAGUGUGGGGACAUCGAUUGAAAAGUCGGAGCAAAUUGAGGACGAAGAAGAAGAAACCAGAUUCUGUUUACUUGGCGAGAGAGUAGCUCAAGUGCCGCGUCCAAGUUUGAAUCAGUACUUAAAGCGUUCCAAAGUGCCGUCUAAGCCGGCUCUUCAACAACUGGCGAACCUUUAUGACUCCCUCAGCAAAGACGCGCGGAAGCAAGGAUUCGCGCGGUAUGCUGGCUAUACGGAUGAUAUUUUGAAAAUUUUGCAGUCAUCCGCCGAGGGUGGCGUCGGACCGCAGCUGAAGCAGCUGUUAGAGAAGGUGGUAGAGCGGAACGAGCUCACCAGAGACGACGCAAAGAUGAGGACGUCGCAGGCGCUGCGUGAUCUCGACGAUCCUGCCAGUGCGCUCAAUAUGGAUCUGAGACGUCUGUUUCCGUUACGUUAUACGCUCUAAUUUUUUUAAAACAGUUGCAACGUUCUUGUAAUUUUUAGAAAUAAAGGUUUCGAACAUUGCAAUAAAAAAAUAUAUUUUUUUAAUGAAAUAAAAGGUUUUUAUUAUAUCUUUAUGGAUCAUAGAAAGAUACUGAACUUUCUAAAUGUUUUUAUUCAAUAAAUGUAAAUGUGAAAG